CAGAUGUGAGCUCAGGUUCAGUCGGAGCAGAACCAGCAGCUGUGAGGAAGCGACGACCUGUGGAGGCAGAGAAACACGUCGAGAUGUCGUUUGCCAGUGACAAACUCUACAAUGGAUAUCUGCGGCGGAAUAUGCCAACCAUAGUAAGCAGGGUGAAAGUGAGAGAAAUAAUCGUCCAUCUGCCGUGCUUGACCACUCACGACAGGGAAAACAUAGAAGCAAAGAGAGAGACGAAUGGCAAUUAUGAUGGCAUGGGGCUGCUUCUGGAAUGUCUGAGGAGGAGAGAGAACUGGCCGGAGCAGUUUAUCAAAGCACUUGAAGAGUGUGAGCACACAACGAUAGCAGCUGAGAUCCGAGCUGAGUACGACGCUCUGAGAGGAGUUAACAAUUCCAACCCCAGCUCCCCUUCAACAACUGUCAUCAGGGCACACGUCCAUCCAGCACCAUCUGCCAGUCAUCUGCCCAUUCCUGAGAGUGGUGCUGCGGCUGUUACGCCAGCUGAAGCAUCAGCUCCUCCAGAGCCAGCUGCUCAGGCCUCGCCCCUGCUGGAACCCCCCGUGCAACCAGAAGCCCAGAGUCCAGCCGCCGAGCAGGCUGUUCCCCCACCUGAGCCUGUCCCUGUGCCUCCGCAGGCUACUCAGAUUGAAGUGGUACCCCCUCCGUCAACACCUCCUCCCUCCCCUGAGAUCCCACACACUCCGGCCAGCACACCACAGAGGGAGGUUAAUGCUCACCAGGAGCCAGAGGAAAACUCUGAGUCAGACAUCCAGAAUAUCUCUGACUGCAGGAUUCCUGAUCAACUGAGCGCGAGAGAGGGUGAGGUGUUUGUCGACUCUGUGGUGACUCCUCCCUUGCCCCCAUCGGAGUUGGACCAACCGGCUCCUCUCCAAACAACAGCAACCACAGAAGUGGCCAGCACGCCACCAGAGGAAGUCAAAGCUAACCAGGAGCCAGAGGAAAACUCUGAGUCAUACAUCCAGGAUAUCACUGGUGACAGCGUUGUGAUUCCCGAUCAAGUGAGCGCAGAAAACAGCGAGGUUGUAGUCAGCUCUGUGGUGACGCCGUGUGAGACGGACACUGAUCCUGAUCCUCUCCGAACAACAGCAGCCUCAGAGGUCAGUCCACCACAGAGUACCUCUCCAACUCAGGCAAACUCAGACAUAAGCGACGGAUCCUCUUUCCCCAUACUGACCCAAGUGAAGCAUCCAAUUCAGGACACCACCCCCCCCGAGGAUAUAAUACCUGCUGAUGUCCUGGAGCCUGAAGAGAAGACCGAACCUCCGAUUACACAGGUUGUUGAAAGCAGCCCACAGACAGAAACAGCAUCGACAACCUCCCCCUUGCCUGAGGCUGACAGGAUGGACGCCUCCAUCAUUGAUUACAGCACUUUGUCUCUGAACAAGCCUGAACAACUCAUCAGCUUCCAACCACAAAAUGACAACAGUCCUACUCUCGUUGUACAAAGUCUACCAGCAGGGCCGUACUCUGGUGAUAGUGAGCGCCUGGAAAUAAGUGAUGCUGCGCCGGAUGAUACAGUUCCUGCGUGCUCUGCUGUAACCUCCACCACCAUGAAUAAUGUCUCUGGGCUGCCAUGCCUGGAGAACGGCAUUGCACUUAACCACGAUGAACCGGGGGAGAACCACUACGAAUCUCUCUGUCAGAGUCUGGAAAGGCAGGAGGUGCUGGUGAAUGUGGUGCACGUAUCCGAGGAGCCGUCCAUCCUCAAUCUAGAUGGUCAAGUCUCAGCACCGCAAGCUCAACUCAUCAAUGGAGAAGCAGCCAGAGAGAUCACUCCCUCUCCACCGUCUGCCACCAUUGAUGAGAACCCCACCUCUGACCAGAGCUGCCUCCCCCCUGAGUCUGCGGAGAUCACACCAGAGCUGAAAACACUGCCCGACUCAGAGGAGGAGUCGGCCCCUCGCACCUUGCCAACUAAUAGAAAGUACAUUCUGACUGCGGCAGGAGUGGGCGCCUGUGCACUGCUGAUGGCGUGGAAGUUUAAGAAUUAAGAGGAUUUAAUACCUUUAAAGGGAGAAGAUUAGGCUUUAAGUUCAAGAGGAUCUUAAGGGUAUGGUGCCUUAUUGUAGUCACUGGACCUGGAUGGCGUGAGGCAGCUGUUUCAUAAUUAUCCAUAGUAAUAAUAGCUGCCAGACCUUUAAUCAUGUCAUUAUUUGCACGGCUGGUGUUAAGCUGGACCGUGUUUAAUCGUGUUGACUUUAGUGAGCAAAAAACAAACUUACCCUUCUCAUUGAAGUUACAGGACGUCGUGGAGCUAAGAUCAGGUUAUUUAUAAGCAUAUAUACUGUAUGUCAGCAAUCCCAAGUGAGUUUAGUUGGAAACUCUGAAUUGACCGUAUUUUUGGGCAUAAGCAUGAAUGUUAAAUGUUGGCAUGUUGUUUGUCGGCCCUGUGAUACGCUGGCGACCUGCCCAGGGUGUUCCCCACCUCUCACCCAGUGUCACCUGGGAUUGGCUCUAUCCCCAGUGCCCCCAAUGACCCUCAAAGAAUAAGAGGUAUAGAUAAUGGAUGGUAUAUUUGGUUUGUAUUCUCAGGCUGUGUAUUAAUGACAAAAAUGUUUGUAUGUUCAUUUGUCUGAUAAGCACUUUGGAGGAAGAAAAAGGCUGUUGUUGGUCCUCCAGUAACGAUUAGUGCAUCAAGGACUGGGGUUUUACUGUAUGUGGACUGUGGAUGAAAGGAUGCCAGCAUCACACUGUGUUCCUGCUGAUAAGUGGGACAUGGGAUGAAAAUGAACGCUUGUGCACUGUUGUAUUUAUUUGUAUAUAUAUAUAGAUUUCUAUAAAAAUUAUAUGACAAUCUAAGUAUAUAUUUUAAGAAUUGAUGAAUACUAAAAACAUUCCAAAGCGCUCCUAAUGUCUUAGAUAUUCAGCACCCAAAGAGUCAUUCAGCCAAACUCUUAAUCGUUCGGCUCAUAUUUUGCAUAUUUAUCCAGAUCAUAGUCUAGACCAGUGGUUUUCAAACUUCCUUAUAACAAUGAUGACACUUUUUCUGUCAUGGCAGUGUUAUUGCUAAUUAAUUUUGUGAAGCACUUUGUAACCUUGUUUAGAUAAGUGCUAUACAAAUAAAGUUAUUCUUUAGUUUUAAUGUUUUAAAAUGUAAUAUAAACUGUACGACAUUGCAUUGCUUUAUUAGAAUAAGAUUUUUUUUAAAUAUACCAUUAAAAAAUCUAAUAUCUUGCUGCAUGCUCGGCGGGUCCUUUAGCAGACACUGGUCUAGACAGCAUUCUGUGUCAUGAUCAUCAGCUGUAAAUGUUGGAGAUGACAUUUUGUUUUUCUCCUUUGAAUAGAAACAGGUUUGUGUCAUGUUCUGUGAGGUGAGAGAGUUUAUUGUAAAAAAAAAAGCACUGUUGAUACAAGAAAUAUUAGGAAAAAAGAAGGUUAAUGUAAAGGGUUUGUACAUUUGAAGAGUAUUUUUUGAGCUGCAGAAAUGUAGAUGAAAUUUAAUGUCGGUAUUAUACAAAUAUAACGUGUAAAUUGUGAUCUCAGAUUUAGUUUCAUCUAAAUUUGUUUGCCCUGUUUCUUGUUAUGCACUUCAAUAAACCUGAAAAUAAAAA